CGCCGCCGCCGCCGGUGAAUGAGUCCCUGCUGCGCUGCCGCCGCCGCCCGAGCUGGAGCUGCGACCGCGUCCCCCCGCGGGCCCCGACCCCUUCGCGCUGCGACCCCGGCGUGCCCGCGGGACAGCCUCCAGCCUCGGGUCACCACCCCGGGGCAGGGCCUGGGAUGCAGCUUCUGACCCCGCUUGUCCUCUCAGACUCUGCAGAGCUCUUCCUGGCCUCCCCUCUGCCUGCCCCCAUGAAGAAAACCAACGUGUGGUUCCUGGAGCGUCUCCGGGGGUCCGGAGAAAACGCCAGCCCUGGGAGUGAGGCAGGGGACAGGGGAUCCAAGGGACCCCUGUACAGCAAUGUGCUCACGCCCGACAAGAUCCCUGACUUCUUCAUACCCCCCAAGCUGCCCGCUGGCCCCACAGAUCCCGAGGCUCAGGCAGAGCUGGGCCCCGCCACCUCCGAUCAGAACCUGGCCUCCGGGACACCCCGCCGAGCCCCCCGGAGUCCCCGGCUGUCUGCCAAGCUGCCGGCUGAGAGCAAGAGCCUCCUGAAGGCAGCCACCCGGCACGUGAUCCAGAUUGAGAGUGCGGAGGACUGGCCAGCGGAGGAGGCUGCCACCAACGCAGACCCCCAGGCCCAGGGCGCCAUGUCCCUGCCCUCUGUGCCCAAAGCCCAGACAUCCUAUGGCUUUGCCACACUGGCAGAGAGCCCCCACACGCGGCGCAAGGAGUCCCUGUUCCAUAGCGAGCAUGGAGCCCUGGCUCAGGUGGGGUCCCCAGGUGCCGGGCGCCGUCGGGGGGCCCCCAAGGCCAAUGGGGGAGAUGGGGUGCCCAGGGAGGCUGGUGGGGCCCUCAUGAGCCCCAGUCGCUACUUCAGCGGUGGGGAGAGUGAUACUGGGUCCUCGGCCGAGUCCUCCCCAUUCGGGUCCCCUCUGCUCUCUCGUUCUGUGUCACUGCUGAAAGGCUUUGCCCAGGACAGCCAGGCCAAAGUGAGCCAGCUCAAGCACUCGGCGGGCCGCCACGGCUCUCUGUCUGCUGAGGACAGUGCACCAGACGCCAGCCCCGGGGCUCGGCGCCGUUUGACCCGCAGGGCCACCCCGGAGCCGGGCCCUGAGACUGGCCAGGCGCCCCGGGCAGAGCACGCCGUCCGGAUGGGCCCUCGGGGCAGCGUCAGGCUGCUGGCAGAGUAUGAGGCGGCCCAGGCCCGCCUGCGGGUGCGCCUGCUGGCUGCCGAGGGCCUCUAUGACCGCCUGUGUGACGCCCGGAGCAUCAACUGCUGUGUGGGCCUGUGCCUGGUCCCCGGCAAGCUGCAGAAGCAGCGCAGCACCAUCAUCAAGAACAGCCGCCACCCCGUCUUCAACGAGGACUUCUUUUUCGACGGCCUGGGGCCGGCCAGUGUCCGGAAGCUGGCCCUCCGGAUCAAGGUGGUCAACAAGGGCGGCAGCCUCAAGCGGGACACGCUGCUUGGGGAGAAGGAGCUGCCCCUGGCCUCCCUGCUGCCUUUCCUGUAAAGGCCCCUCCCUGCCUCCCUGCGGAGGGCAGGGUGCGGG